AUGUUAACUGUGAUACAACGGAGGAAUCUAUGUGUGUCAAUUAUAGUGUUCAAUUAUUUAAACCAAAUGAAUAUAAAAAUUACAUUUUUGCUGCAUUAAGUACAAUUCAGUAUAAAUCAAUCUAUAAUGUAUUAUACUUAAAUUUUGUCGAUUCACCAAAUCAGUCACAUUUUAAAGCACCAUGGGAAUCAGAAUUUUCGAAUGAUACACAAAUUUCAAAAGAAGCUAUUGGACUAUACGUUUGUAUAUGUAUUUUGGCUGGAAACUUGUGGAACAGAUACUUCAUGGAGUGAUGAUUUCUUGCCAGCCUGUAAAAAGAAACGUCUCACUCAAGAUGGAAUGGUGUCAGAUAUGCUACCUAAUAGCGCCAAUUUGUCUACUGAUUCAAAAUGUUUGCAAAAUUCAUUCAAUAUAGGAAGAGGAAACUUCCAGAUGCUCAACGAAGCAGAACAGCAUCAACAGUGUGGUUACAAAUUGAAUUUGAAAACCAAAUGCGAUUCAAUUUUACUCCAGAAAAAUCUAAAAACUACCAAAAAUGAGAAUUCAAAUUUCAACAUACAACACACUGAUUCUACUGCUUAUAACAAUGAAGCAAGAGUGAAGUCUGUGCAAUCUGAUAACAACGAAGUAAUCAAAACCAUUUCCUCCUUGGAUGGACUACAUCCGUGUAAUGUUGUACAGAGAAGUCAGAUUGAAAAAUUUCUCGAUGAUAAUGAUUAUCGAAAUGAAGGUGUCAGUAUGUCAGCAAACCGUGGUGGUAAUAAACACAGCUUGGACGAUGAUUUAUCAGAUAAUAACACCGUUGGUGAUCAAAGUCUUCUACAUUUAGCAGCUCAUAUGAAUGUAGGACACGAUAUCAUAAACAAAAUCUAUCAUAAUGAACAUGAUGAAAGACCUGUUGGUAUUUUCUAUGUUGAUUCAUCAGGUAGAACAGCCUUGACUAGUGCUGCUGCUGCUAAUUCUUUAGAGUCAAUCAAGUCGUUAUACCAACUUGAAAAAGAAGCUAUGGUGAAAAUGAAACCAGUGAAACCUGUCAAGUCACAACAUAUCAAUAAACCGAAACCAACAUAUCGUUCAAGAAGACGUUAUCAAAUUUAUGAAUCUCGACAAUGUUCACCAAUCAUAGUUGCUAUCCAAGCAGGGAAUGAUGAAGUAGUGAAGUGUCUAUUGGACGAAGGUUGUCCUUAUAACACUGUUGAUCAAUACGGUCGUAAUGUUGUACAUUGGGCAGCAGUAACUAAUUCCGUUAAAAUAUUAUCUCGUUUAGCACAGUGUAAAGGAUUCGCUAGAAUAAUGAAUAUGAAAGAUGACUGGGAUAGAACACCGAUCAUGUUAGCUAUACGUGAAGGUUGUCAGGAAGCUGUGCAAUUCCUUCUGGAUAAACAAGCAAGAAUCGAAAUCACAGACUGUAUGGAAAACGAUUGUGUAUCAUUAUGUAUAGAAAAAGGCUAUCAGAGAAUACAUGAAAUACUGAUAAAUUAUAACCGGUCAAGAAACGUCGACACAAAGUCAAUAACACCUGAUAAGAAAGUGAAUAUUUUCAAUGAAAAUUCAGAUGUGAGUGAACAAGAACUAGGAUUGUCAUCAAUGGCACCGGUCACCACAGUGAUGACAACCACACCAGUACGCCAUUCAGCAGAGAAUAUUUCUCGUAUGAAUGAAUUUGAAUGGGUGAGUUUAAGUGAUGAUUCAGUUUCGGAAGCGUUCAGUGAUUGUGAUCCGUCCACAGAAGACAUGAAUGCGCAUUGUAGUUGA